UCUAUCUUCCUUGAUGUUUGGUUUCUAUUGAAGAAGCUAGCUAGCUAUAUACAAGUAUAUAUAAUUUGAUCAAGACUUAAUUGUUUUUUUGAUAUAUAUAGUGAAAAAUGAGUGUUCCUCAAACUCCAAGUAUCAACUAUCAUCCAUACUCCCAUGCACUUCAAAUUAGGGUAUAUCAAGCUUUCAUAUUCUCUAUUCCAAUCCUCUUCUCCAUCAUACUAUUCCUUUUGUUCUACUUGUUCUACCUCAAAAGAAGAGCCUAUGCUCUCUCUUCUGCUCCGCCGCUGCAUCCGCCAUCUACUUACCGUUAUGCUACUUCUUUUCUCCCCAUGCCUCAUGUAAUGGGAGUGAAAGGAGGUCUUAAGGAUAAGCUACCAAAGGUUGUGUUUGAUGAAGUCUUAAAAGCGAAGGAUUCAGUAUGUUGUGUAUGUCUUGGGGAAUUUGAAUUGAAUGAAGAGUUGAUACAAGUACCAUCAUGCAAACAUGUUUUUCACAAGGAGUGUAUUCACCAUUGGCUUCAAUCCAACUCCACUUGCCCACUUUGUAGAUGCUGUGUCUUUUUAGCUGUUGGGCCCCUCUCAGGCCCACCAUCAGCUCAGCCCACCACCAUUCAUUUCACUAGUGACCAUGGCCCAGCAGCAACCCAAGAUAUAACAUCUACAACAGACAGCACCACUAGCCCAACAACAACUACUAUUGAUUCUACAAAUAGUAACAACAACUGUUCAAGAGUCUCCUCGACAAAUACUACGGCCUCCCAUGAAGAUGACAACCACAACCACCACCACCAUGUUGUAUCUGAUGGAAUUUCUGUCGUUAUACAUGUUCAAUCUCAAUGACACCGGCCCACUAUAUCUAUAUAUAUCAUCAAACUCAUGAUUAAUUAUUUUACUUUUGGAAGAUCGAAUUGAAAUAUGUAUUGGAUAAGUUACACCUUUUUUUUUUUUGUACUAAUGAGUUUGAUGAUAUAUACCGUAUCAUGGGUUAACGCGGUUUAUCUAGUGUGACGGACAAACUAAGUUUGAAAAAGAUAUAUAUUGGAGAAUUAAUUAGUAGACAAACUGUAUUAUCUUAGGUUAUCAUAUCAUGUGUCCAAAUUCAAUAUUUCUGAGUCGAAUAAUGAAGAGAUAUCGAGCUGAUUGUAGCUCUCUUAGAUGAUCUAAGUUCUUUGUAAGCUUGCAACCAAAUAAGAACUUAGAGAAAGUGUACGAAUUGUAUCAAUUAAGUUUUUGUAAUGUUUGUCUUUGAUUAAUAGCGUCGUGAUUUUUUUUGUAAAA